AAAGCCAUAUAAUUAGUUAGCUUUGUUCUCUUACACAUUACAAGAAAAAUAUCUCUCUCUCUGCAAAAUCUUCUUCUAGCUGCCGGUGUCAUAUAUGUUCUUGUGCUCGUUCAACAUGUCUAUCAACACAACAUAUCAAUGCGAGGCAUGGCUUAUUCAUGAAGAAGAUGAACAAAUCAAUCAUUCUUUGCCAUGUGAAGCAAUUUUCUUGAUCAAGAUGUAUUGCCAAAUCAUCCCAUGUGAUUCAACAGUGGAACAAGGUACAAACACUAGUACAAUCUUUAAGGAGUUUCAUGUUCAAAGAGACUACCUACUGCAUAACACAACUUCUUGGUCUACCCUGUCCAGUAUGCUUGCUGACAUGAACAUACCUAUGUACGCUUAUCCCAUGUUGAUGGUAAAAAUUAAAGAAUGUGCUCAAAAUUGUAGAGACAUGGAACGCAAGGUUAUUCCUAUGGUUGUGAAGCUUAGGAUUAUACAUGCAGUGUCUGAUAUUGCUACAGUUUCUGAUGAAGCUUUCUCAGAGUCUUUCAGUUCACAAAGGUUGACGUUUGUUGGGGCUAGUAAGUCCGCCAUUGAUGCAUUGGAGACGGUUAUAAUUCAAAAUUUUUCUAACCAAUGUGUGAUUUGCUUGGAAGAUAUUCAGAUAGGAAUUGAAGCUACUUGCUUGCCUUGUAAGCAUAUCUAUCAUGGAGGUUGCAUCUCAAAUUGGCUCAAGAACAGUAACUGUUGCCCACUUUGUAGAUUUCAGAUACCUAGUUGAGUUUUGAUUUUGAUUACUAGUGUAGUUGAUAUUCAAUGUAUAAUAGUUUGCAGGAAUUAU